UCACUACCUUCCAUUCUGGCCUGACACACCCACACCUGUUCUGGACUAAUUAGCGAUAUGACCGUUAGGCGGUCUGGCGAUGGCCCAGGCGACGGAGGCGAACUGCCGGCCUCCGCCGGCGUCUCUUCGCCGCCGCUCUCGACGUCAAGGCCUCCGCUAGGGCGUUUCUGGGCUUUGUCUAGCGACGAUCUCGACUCUAGUUCAGAUGAAGGAGAUGAUGAGGGAUGCCCAGCCAAGGCGUUGGCUUAUCUCUGUCGAUCUCCUUCUCCAGACGAGGGGAGAGAUCUGAGUGAGACCUCGUCAGGAUUUGCUCGGCGGGCGGAACGACGGCUGGAGCGUCAGCGACAGCAACGGCUGGCCGCCCGGCAACUCUGUUCUCCAGUUAAGGUACGUUCGCCGACGCUUCUGCCUUCGUUUUCGGCAGAUUUUCUUCCUUCUUCUCGUCUUCCCGUUCUCCAACCUUCUACGUUCACUAUCGAUGCCGAUGAUGCUGUUGGAUGGACAUUGGUCCAACGACGGCGUCGUGCAUCUAGUUCGUCGUUCGUCGCAGGUUUGGAUCCGGUUUUUCCGCUCGUUUCAAAACAGAAGCUACUGGGCUCUGUUUUGAAAUCAAAACAUACCAAUGCAUGUGUGUCGGGCCGGCCUCCUUUUCUAAAUGCCGCACGUCGUGAGGCGCGUCGAUCCAAGGCCCAGGCUGUUCCCACGAAAAACCCUAUCGACGGUCACAUCGCUGUUGGGCGUUCGUGCCGACGGAAUCUAGGGCAUUCGCGUGCGAACGCAAACACUCGUGGCGGCGGCGUCUCUGUCGUCGGCGGAUCAUCUGCGGGCGAUAUGAGUAAUGGCAAUGGAGGUUUUGGGCCGGGACGUGGUGCUGGUCCAGGCAGGGGGCGCGGUGACCGCGGUGAUCGCGGUGGAUUCGGAGGUCCUGGCCGUGGUGCGAACUACGGCAACAACGGCAAUGGUUUCGGCGGUCCAUCGGGGUUUAGCAAUCACGGCAAUGGUCGUGGCGCUUUCUCUGGCCGUCCUGGGAACUUUGUCACCGGCGAGUCUAGUGGCACGGCGGGAGAGGAUGUUGCUCAAGGGCAGCGCUUCAAUGGGGAGUUUGCUGCAGAGGUUGGGCAAUUCAACCGAGGUUCCAACUUCAACAAUUACAACCGUCCUGGAGGUAAUCAGCAUUAUCGUCCUCGUUCUUAUGGGAACAACAACUACUAUGCCAACAAUCGUUAUGGGUUCAAUGGAGGCCGAUCUAAUUUUAGUCAGAACCGUAGUUAUGGAGGUGGUUCUAGUGAUACAGGGAAUCAAAACAAUGGUAGUCUUGCUGGUGUUAACCCUGAUUUGUUUAAAGAGGCAAUACAGGGGGUGGUAGCGGCUAUUACUGCAGCGGCACAGAAAGGAGGGCUUGAGGUGCCAACUUCGGCUUCGGGUGUUGCCGUACCGGCGACAACACAAGCAGCUGCUCCUGUGCAACAACCUCAGGUUACUGGUUUGCAACAAGUUCAGCCGAUGCAGGUGGAGACUGAAAUCGUGCCAAGACAGGAGGGUACCAACCCGGCUAAGAAGGCGAAGAAGACAGAGAAAAAUCCUUGUUUUAGAUGUAAGCAGCCUGGGCAUCAGAUUGAUACUUGUACUGCGCCUGUAUGUGAUAUUUGUGAGUCAACGAACCAUAUUUCCAGCGCUUGUCCUCUUCUACUUGCUCCUAAACCAUCUGUGACUCUGUAUGGAUAUGCAAUAGAACAACUUAUGUUCUUUGAGGUGCCCACAGGGGGUUCUUACAAGCCGAAGGUGGAUAAUUUGAAGCUAGUGAAGGUGACAGUUGAGGGUGAUCCGAUGUCCAUUCCUGAUAUUGCAGACUGUUUGAAGAGAAUUGUACCUGUGGAGAAUUUCCAAUGGGAAAUUUAUAAUUUCCAAAACAAUGUGUUUAGGGUCAAAUUUCCAAACAAGUCUGAAGCUCAGAGGAUGAAGAAUUUCCGCACUUAUCCAGUUCCAGACAGAGGCUCUGACCUUGUCUUUGAGGAUUGGUCAGCUCUAGAGGACCCUUUGUAUAUGUUGCCUGAGGUUUGGUUGAGGGUGAGAGGGAUUCCAGCUGAUGUGCGAACUGAUUUUUUGUCCUUGUGGGCGGUUGGUACUCUCUUUGGCAAGACAAAGGAAGUGGAUAUGGUUCACACUAGGAAGAACAAGGAGUUGAGGUUGCGAAUUGGUUGCCUAGAUCAUACUCUCAUUCCGGAGACGACAUAUGUUUUUAUACAAAGGGGUUUCUUUAAACUGAGCUUUGAGGUUGAACCAGUAACAGUGAUCCAACUUGAGACGGAUGGCUUGGAUAAUGAUGGAGGUAACAAUGGGCGAGGAGAUAAUAAUGGAUCAGAUAAAGAUAACACGGAUGAUGCAAGUGACAUGGAUUUUGAGAAGACAAUAAACUCUAUACAGCAACAAAACAACAAUGGUCAACAGGGUACAAUGAAGAAUGUAAGCAAUGCUAAGUCUGUUAGUGCUCACCAAGCUCAACACCAAAUUGAGGCUCCAAUAUUGUUUGGUUCUCUUAAGAAAGAUUUGUUGAGCUCAGCACAAAAGGACAUAGAAGGUGCAGUGUUCAAGGUUGUUUCUGCAUCGGGAUCGCCGAAAGGGCAGGCUGCUGUCGCGUUGGGAUUGGAGACGCCAGGUUUGGCUGACGCUGAUCUGCCACUGGGCAGACAACCCACAUUUGGCGUGCAGCUAGUGGACGCAGACGUUGCAGCCCCACCUCGGGCGAUCACCCCGCUGGCUCCGCUGUCACCAGGACGCCGGUCGCCGCGGUCCCCUGGCAGGCCAACAUCUGAAGCAGGUGGGGAGGGCGCAGACACUAGUGGCACUCGGGCGUUGGUGGCAGAAAGCCAGCUGGGUCCCGAGGCGCUGGCCGCUGCGCUACUGGCCACCCAGACCACCCAGACUGCUCCUCCUGUUGGCAUGGCGCGGAGAGGUGCGUCUCCGUUGGCUGCUGUCAGCGUCGGCUGCAAUCCCAAGGGCGGGUCUGUCCAGCCAGUAAUGGCAAGGGAGCAUGGUCUGCUGCUGCAGCAUGGACACCAGAUGCACAUGGGAUCUUCUGUGGCCAGCCCUACUGUGGGCUGCUCUAUUGUUUCUACCAAAAACACAGGUACCACAACACCUACUGCUAUUGUACUUGAAGAAAGGGCAAAGAAGGCUAGUUUGGAAAAUGAUGUGGUGGCUUUUGGGGGAAUUGCAGCCCCAUCUAUGUCUGUCAGGGCGAGCGAUAGGAUUCGCGCGCAGCCAAAUGCGGAUGCUACUCAGAUGGAAAGAGCGAUGCAGAAUGCUAACUUCAGACAUGACUUUACCGCUCCAGCACAUACAUGGGUGGAGAUGAAGGAAGAAUUGGUUAGAUAAUCUCAUGGCAGACGUAAGGUCAUGGGCUCUUCUAUCUCUAUUCUCAUUUUUGCUUGGGAGUUUUUUGUUUUUCUAUUGAGGAUCUUUGAUACACACACUGAUGACACUGGGCUAAGAACGAUAUGGUGAUUUCAUAUGCGCACAUGGUGUUCACUGAAAUGCCUGCAAGGUUGAGUGACUUCUCCGCCAACGAUUACUUAAGCAUGUCGAUUGCGAUCUCCUUUCAUGUGCCAGUAGAUGAGGGGUGGCUGCAUAUGUGCAACUUUACUUUCUUUUUGGGGCACGCAUGAUGAAUUUGACAUAUAGCUGUCCUUUUUAAAGUCGACGAAGAAUGCAGUAUGUCAUCUUUCAGGUUUCCUGGGUAGGUAAGAUCAACGAGUGUAAAUGGCGUAGUAGAAAUAAUAGGGGUAUAGGUUUUUGUCAGAUGGUCGUCAGCCUAAAAUGUGUACAUGUAAGUUGCUCACGUAUCUUACAUGUAGAUAUUGGCCCUCUGAUCAAUGGUUUAUGCGGUUAUUUGAUUUACCUAUUGAUCUAGACUGUAGUUUUAGUGAUAAAUUUAUAAUUAUUCUCUAGAAAAAAUGAUUAGUUCUUACUUGAGUUGAAGGUAUCUCUAAGAUUUCAUAUGUUGUUCGGAUGUGUCAUUGUAUAUUAUCCUAUUUGAGACAAAUAGAUUCAAAAUUGUCAUGUGUAGUGCACUUUCGUUAAGAAAGAGUCCAGGACAUACUGAACUUUUUUUAUAGUAUACAUAGUCGUUACAUUAACUUAGUAUGGCUGAGAUAGGUUACUAUACAGAUAAAUAAUCAAUAUCAUGAUAAGUGAGUUCUACUUGAACAGUGUGUUAUCAUAGCUUUCUAAGAAAUAAAUUAUAAAGCUUUGUUUCGAGAGUUCAAUGGUCAAUCGAAGCUAAACAGAGAAUUAGAAGCCUGGUAGUUGGCAUUAAGAAUACAAUAUUUUCUUGGAAAUUCAUAUCUAGGAUAAAAUUUCGUCUUGGUAACUAUUGCAUAUUUUUUCCACCUUACCUUUGCAAUUGCGCCAAAAAAAAUUUGUAGACUGAGCUGAGUACUCACACCAAGAUUCCGUUGGUUAGUCAUGGUAGCUCUGCCAUGACACUGUAGUGGUAUUGUAUUGAUUCUUGAACUCCUGUUGUGGUCAUGCAUACAAUAAUCUAACAAAAGAAAAUUUCCGUGAUUCAAAGCUAUCUAAAGGUGUUACACCAAGAUAAUCCACCUUCCAGAUUAGUUGUUAAUUAUUUCUCACGUUCGACAUGAGUGUAUGAGACAUAAAGAGUAUAUUAUUCAAAUUUUAGUAAAUCUGAACUCUUUUUUGUGAAAAAAUGAACUCUUUCGUGCCAGCAUCUAGAUGCAUGAAAGAAGGUGCAACAGCUAAAUGCAUCAACGCAUUGUCUGUAAGGCUCUAAGGUUAGGUUAACUUUUUUUCUUUUGCUUAUACACCAAGCUUCUUCAGUUCAGCUAAUAUACGGUUUUUAAUUUGCGAUGUCUGGGAGUUUGUAGUUUCUGGUGCAUACUCUAGAUUUAUGAUUUAUUUAACCACAUUUUUUUAUGUCUGUGAUGGGAGUUUGUAGUUUCUGGUGCAUACUCCUGGAUUUUGAUUUAUUUAACCAGAUUUUUUUGAAAUAAAAUUAUGUGACCAGAUGGUAUAUAACAGUUCCUUUUCUUAAAGUUGUUGCUAUUAGAGAAACGUAAGAAUUUGACCACUAAGUUUACUAAUCGAUGUGAUGUAGUACAUGAUACACGAUCUGGUUUUUUUCCCUCUCGACUUUGGAUCUUAGCACCAAUUAGUCUAUCUGUACUAAUGAUGACGGCUUAUAUUCAGAGUUUUCCUAGGAUUGGUAAAACACGCACAUCAUAAAAACAUAACCCACCAUAGAGAGUGGCAGAAGUGCCAGCAAAUUCAAAAAAGGGCCAAUGGGUACAGUCAUCGCUGUAGUAGGAGCUCUGGAACCCAAUGAUAUCAUGGUACGGUGCACAAACUUGCAGAUAAUAUUUCAACUAACUAUUUCGUGUUCUAAUGCCUACAAGAUUUCUUUUAUUUAGACAUGUUAGACUAAACUGCAGGUAAUGUUUUCUAUUUAGAAAUUGCAGCUGUGACCAAAUCAUCUAGAUAGGUAUUGUAGAUAUAGAUCUUUUUUUGUAAUAACAUAUUUGGUCUUUGCCUUUUCAUAAUAUGAGCUUUUUUUGUCCAGGAAGAUUGAAAGUAACAUGAAAAUUCUUCAGUAUUUUAGUCUGCAGAACAACAUAGACGUGCGAGGAAUAUAUAGCUUAGAGUUUUGAAGACAAUGGAAAGGGCUCCCGAUCGCUUUAUUUUCCCCCCCUGAAAGGGCUUAUUUUCUGAGUUUCGGUUCAGAUUCUGAGAUUGACAUAUUUGGUCUCAUAAAUGAGCUAUGUCAACUUCAUCCAAAGUUCCCUAGAGUUGUUUAAAACAAGCCUCGGAGAAAGUCUCGAAGGAUCAGCGGAAGCAAGAAAGCACAAAUUGCAACAAGCUAUAAGGGGCCUGAGGGUUAUCUCAUUUUAUUUUAGUAGGGAAUGGUUCUUCACAUUAUCUGGAUGUGCUGCAUAAGCAAUAGUUUCUAUCUUUUAUUUUGGGUCCGUGGAUGCGUAGUUGUCUGUGGAAUUUUUCAUGACUUCUGAACAUUACAAGUUUUGAACAUUACAAGUUUCAACUGUGC